AAUAGUGAAGCUAUUGUAAUGAAAAUUAAAAACAAUCAUAUUUAGUGAAAUAAUUAAAAAUAUUUUUAGAAAAAUAUUGUGAAACAUGAAUGAUAGAGACCAAAUUACUGUGCAAAUUGGCAAGAUGUUUUUGAACAUAUUGCAUAUGUAUAGGAUACGAAAACGAAUGCUCCGUAGAAAGCGGCGAGUUCGUUCCAUCAAUGUGGAUCACGCAAUAAAUGGAUAUUAUCGGAAAACGUUUUUACCCAUGAAAGCAAAAGAUGAUGCACAAUUUUUUCGUCAUACGAGGAUGUCUAAACAAAUAUAUGCUUUAUUAUUAAAGCAAAUAGCUCCUUCUGUGACAAAACCUGGACAGCAGAUAAACGCUGAUGAACGUUUAUCACUUACUCUUUCGCAUUUGGCACAUGGCGACCCUAUACAGAGUUUAGCAUUGAGCUAUAAAUUGGGAAAAACCACAGUUAGAAAUAUCGUGUUGGAAAUGUGUGAUGUGAUUUGGCAAACAUUAUCACCAAGGUAUUUAAGAAAACCUACAGACGAGCAAUAUCGCCAUAUUGCAACAGAUUUUUGGCAAAUAUGGAACAUGCCAAAUUGUGUUGGUGCAAUUGACGGCAAGCAUGUUGCUAUUAAAAGUCCUCAGAGAUCAGAUUCUCAAUUUAAUAGCAUCGUAUUAUUAGCAGCUUGCGAUGCUAUGUACUGUUUCACAACGGCAAGCGUGGGAGCAUAUGAGAGUGAAAGUCAGAGCGAUAGAGGAAUAUUUCGAGUAACAAGUUUUGGUAAAAAUUUGGCAGAAGAUAAACUAACGUUGCCGCGCAGUAUUCCUUUACCAUUAACUUCGCAACCAUUCCCUCAUUACUUCAUCGCCGAUUGCGCUUUUCCACUAAAGAAUAAUCUAAUGAAACCAUUUCCAGGUGAUGGUGAUGACACAAAUAGAACACAAAAAGUGUUUAAUUACAGAUUAUCUCGGACGCGUCGGGUGAUUGAAAAUGCUUUUGGCAUUUUAACAGCACGUUGGAGAGUGAUGAGAACGUCAAUGGAAUUUAAUCCAGAAAAUGUAGAAAAAAUUGUAUUAGCAUGCUUGGUGCUUCACAAUUUCGUUAUGCUGAAUGAUACACAGCGAUGGUAUUGUCCCCAAAAUUUUACAGACAUUGAAAUGGAAGAUAAUUCUGUAGUUAGAGGAGAAUGGUAUAACGAAUUAAUACCUGCUGGAGGACCAUUGCCCUCCGUAACGUCUUUUGUACGUC